UCCAUGUGCGGUUACUUGGUUUCGAUCUAUUUGUUUACUCAUGUGCCUCUUACUUUAGUACACGGCCUACACGUACAAAAGACGUGGUAGUAUGUGAUGCUUCCAGAACCACGUUGUAAUUUUUUUUUUUUUGGACGUUGUAAUUAAAAAGAAUCUCUUGCACAUGAACGCAAGUGAGAUACACACACAUCUCGUCGUCUAGCUAGCUUGCAACAUCUCUCUUUCUAAACGCAGCGUUUUAACGUCCGUAUGCAAGAGGCUGACACAUCGCGACCACGGCCGUCCGAGUCUCUGAUGGAACGGAUGAAGACGAGCUGUUUAUCCGUGGCAGUCUCGCUUAAAGAAGGACUUAGCUACGUCAAAGCCUUCUUUGUCGGCCAGACAAAGAGGUUGACGGCCAAGAACGAGAAAGAAGCUACGGAUGCUCAUCUAACAGAGACAAAAAUGCAAGUUGAAGCAACAGAUGAAGCAGAGAACGCCAAGAAGAGGCUUCAUCAAUCUUCUUAAUGUUUUUUGGUAAUUAAAUGUGUUUUUUUUACUAAUUCCAAGGGAAUGUCCUCUUAAUUCUGCGUUUGAAGAAUUCUUCAAAAAAAAAAACCUGCGUUCGAAGAAAUAAUUAAAUUCUGUGAACAUACUCCCAAGUUUCAAGAGAGAUUUCAAUGUAGUCACUCCUCUAAACUCUAUUUUUGUUUUUGUCCCUACUUCUUCGAUUUC